AUGUCGGCGCGCGCGCCAUUCACUCCCUCGCGUCAGCCUACCGGCACUACCGGCCCGGACCGCCCCCUCAACCUCUCCGGCCUCAAGCGCCCAGUGAGCUCGGUCGUGCCGACGGCGACGCCGUCCAAGCCCGGUACCGGCGGACACGCCCGCCAAGCUGGUCUCGCGCAAAUGAAACGCUUUCCUGUUUCUCCGAUACCAUUCAAGCAGCUAUUAUCGUCUCAGGCUCAGGCACAUGCUGCGUCGUCGCCCAAUCAGUCGAUGAUGCCUCCGACUCAGCCAAUGCGUGAACUACACGCGCCUCGCGCUACUGCCCCGCAGAUGAGUUCACCGAGACUCGACGACGAAGACAGCGGCUAUAUGAGCAACAUGAGCGGAUAUAAUGCCCAAGAAGACGAUGGAGAUGAGAGCGACGCGCUGUUUCGCUUUGGAGCGAUGGGUAGUCCGCCCACAGAGGCUCCGACCCAGGUGAUCGAUCUUGAAGCAAACUCCCCGCCUCCGGCACCGGUCUCCAAACGCCCCGCAGCGCCGACGGAAACGAACGAUUUUGCUGCACACGCAACCAAGCGUCAACGCCCCAACGCGUCGCCGUCGUACUUCGGCGGCCGCGUUCAAGCUCAGCAUGUCCAAGAACGACCCAGCACUGGCCAGCCUCAUCCAUCAUCGCGUACGAUGUUGCCUAUCCCGGUGCAAGCCCGCCCGCAUUCCUCGCAGUCCCAACGCCCGGCUUCGCAGCAGUCACAGCACUCGCAACCUCGCGCAUCUCAACAGCCUCAACACGUCGCGCAGCGUCAGCCAACCCCUGUUCCAGACCCCACUGGUGGCCUGUUCCGCCGCAUCAAUAUGCCGCUCGCGCCUGAGCAGGCUUCACAUCUAGCUGCGGUCUGGGAAAAAGAGCACGCUCGCUGGUCCAAGGGCAGUAUCGAAGACUGGGAGCAAGGUGGAGACGAGCUCAAGGAGAGAUUCAAUGGGCUCAUAGAGCGGGUUGUUACGAAUAUGACGCGCAAGACUUCGCUCUUCUCCGAUCUGCACUCCCGCCUGGCGUCGCACCGCUCGGCGCUUGACACCCGCGGCCGCGAGCUUGCGGAAGCGCGCCAAGCGCUAGUGCAUGAGUCGCGCUCGAUUGCUGGCGGUGGUGGGGGCGGUGGAGGCGGUGCGAGCAGCUCGUCUGGAGGCGGUGCGAGUACAACAGGGAGCUCAUUGUCCGGUAGUGGUGGAACAGGCGGAAGUGCUCUCAGUGGGAGUGGGAGUGGAGGUAGGAGUGGGUCGUCGCCUGCGCUUGGUGGAAGCGAGGGAAGUGACGACUAG